AUGGACAAGAGACUACUGAAUAUCAGCAUAUUAGGCUUAGGUUUUAUGUUUGUAUUUACAUCGUUUUUGACAGUGAGCAAUAUCGAGAAAACAGUAUUGAAAAGUAUCGAAAAAGACGAUCCCUCAUUUACCGGCGACGGGUACACGAGUCUGUGUAUCAUAUAUGGCGUGUUUGCCUUGUGCAACUGGUUGGCACCGGCAAUAAUUGGCGCUAUUGGCAGCCGAAAAUCUAUUUACUUGGGAUCGACAUGUUACGUAUUGUUUUUGACACCGUUCCUCUGGCCUUCCAACAUUCUGCUGUACACCACAUCUGUGUUGCUGGGUUUCGGAGCGUCGAUUAUUUGGACCGGACAGGGCACUUACCUGACCAUGAACUCGGAUUCGUCGACCAUAUCCAGGAAUUCGGGAAUAUUUUGGGCCAUGUCGAAAAUAAGCAUAUGCAUUGGAAACGUUUUUAUGAUAUUGGUGCUCCGUGACAAGACCGAGCUAAACGAAUCCACCAGAAAGCUGGUGUUCACAGUGCUGGCAGUGGUGUGUGGUUUUGGCACUCUUAUAUUGAUGGUCUUGCGUCCGUCCGUGGACGCUGAUGGCAAGGAAAAUGAAGUGAAUUUACAAAAACCAAUCAGCUUGAUUCCGAAACAAGAGCUGAGGGAUUCGAUGAGGCUUUUGAUGACCAAAGACAUGCUCUUGUUAAGCACAUUGUUCUUGUUCACCGGUUUGCACGUAUCGCUUUACAGUGGCGUGUACAGUUCAUGCAUCGCGUUCACAAAGUCUUUAGGCACUAACACCAAACAACUGUUGGGCUAUACGGGAAUACUGGUCGGAGUCGGCGAAGUCACAGGUGGUUUACUAUGCAGCGUUUUGGGUAAGAAGUCUGAAAGAUCCAAUUCAAAAUGCAUUGGGCUAAGUCGUUCGACCGUGAUAAUUAUCAGUUUUUUCAUCAACAUCGUAGCGUACGGCUUGAUCUUUGUCAAUCUACCAAAUGAUUCUCCGUUCGGCGAUACUUACACCAAAUCUAUUAUCAAACCUAAUGCACACAUGGCCGUAUUUUGCGGGUUCCUUUUGGGUUUAGGAGACAGUGGGUUCACCACGCAAAUAUACAACAUAAUCGGAGUGAAAUACUCUAAUAACAGUGCUUCUGCCACGGCAUUAUUCAUGUUUAUGCAGGCAACGUCAGCAGCCAUUAGCUUCUUUUACAGCAAUCAGUUUGGAAUCUACAUACAACUAAUCAUAUUGGCAAUAGUAAUGACCAUUGGCACUUUAUCGUUUCUCAUAGUAGAUAAAUGUAUUAUAGUUUAA